GUUGGUCGCGACAGGACAAGUUACCAGUCACUGGCGGUCAGCAGCUCCUCUGGGAGCCCUUGCUAUCAAUCGAUUGGACCACUGCCUGCGCCGCAGUUCGUGGAGCAGGAGGAGCUCUUCGGAGAGCACCGCGUGUCGCGGCCCAGCUGCGCCUUUGGCAACAGCUGCCGCCGCAGCAACCCUCAGCAUUUCCUGGAUGAGAGCCACCCCACGGACCCUGACCAUCAGGCCGGCCAUGUGCAACCCCCUGCCGUCCGGCCCGGGCUUCACUUGGCACAGAGGAAUGGCAGCUUUGACUGGGUCCGGACCGGCAAUGAGAAGGCGGACCGAGACCUGCGUGGAGACGUGGCUGCCCUCAGCCUUGGGGUGUGUCAAGCCAGAGGCUACUGGCUGGGCAAUGCGAAGGUGGCACUGCAGCAGGUGGACAACCUCCUGCAAGGUACUCGAAUCCUCACGAUUGAGGAGGCCGGGGGCGCGCUGGCCUCCAACUCCCGACCGCCGCGGCUUGCAGUGGCCAGGGAAACCACGGCCCUCGACGCUGCACUCGCACGUAGCACCCGCGGCGAGCGGGUGGCGGUGAUCGGGGCAGCUUCUGCCUACCAUCCAUGUGGAGGCUUCCGCACAGGUGGACGCCAUGCGCUGGAGGAGGCGAUGUGCGUGCAGUCGACCCUCUCCGUUUCACUGCAGCGAGCGGUGUGGCUUUCAAGGCAUGGCGGAGUGGAGGUCCAAAUCCCAGAGCGACUGAAAGCCGAUGGCCGGAAGGGAUGGUUUUGCUACAUCCCGGAGCGAGGGGCGAUCCUCUCUCCCUCGGUGGAGGUUUUCCGAAAUGGGUCUGACAAGGGAUAUGCCUUCAUGAAGAGCGCUGUGGAGCUGGCGGCUGUCGUCAGUGUGGCGAUGCCGAACAUGAACCCGUCGGUCAAGGACUCGCCGUUGGACACCCCGACUGAUCUACAUGCGUACCGUGCCCUCCUUGCAGACAAGCUCAAGGUCGCCCUCUACGGGGUUGCCCGACAUGUUUAG